CAUAUGCACACACACACACACACACACACACAUACACACACAUACACACUAAAAACACAUGUGAAAGGGAAAUUAUUAAUAUUUUAAUCCUGUCUUUAUUUUAAUUGUCAUCUCCUUUUUUGAGACUAGACUAUGAAAACCAAGUUGGCCUACAACUUGAGGUCCUCCAGACUCACCUCCUGAGUGCUGCUGGGAUCACAGGCCUGCACCACUGUGCCUGGAGAGCUCGUCUUUAAAGUGCUGCCAGAGGUCUAGGAGAUGGUCCGGUGGGUAAGGGUACCUCUGCGUAAGCAUAAGGACCUGAGUCUGAAUCCCUGUGUUCAAGUGAAAAUCUGGGCAUAGCUGCCCCAGUCCAGCCCAAACACCAAAUGUUUCUUUCAGUUCUCUCAAAGGCCCUGUCUGGAGGUAACGAUGCUGAGGGUAGAAGCUGUCCAAGCUCUUGCUUGGGUCUCUACAUACAUGCAUGGGUGCGCAUACCUGCCCAUCCCCUCACAAACACACCUCAUGCCAGGUACUUCCCUAUCACACACCACACACAUAAUCCCACAUGCAUGUAGCACACAUGCACCCCCCUAAUUCCACAUUUGUGUAGCACACAGGCACACAUAUACUGUACAUGAAGUCUGUUACUUCACUGUGGUUUGUCAUUUUUUGAGUCUUAUGUGAACAAAUAUUUGUAUUGAAAAUUAAUUUUCUUUCCCCCCACAAAGUCUGAUUUUCUUGGAGGCUUGAAAGAGGACUUUUAUUAACUAGGUUAAAUGACAGACUUGACUAUAAACUACAAUGAAGCCAGGUGUGGUGUUACAGACCUUUAAUCCCAGCUCUGAGGAGGCAGAGGCAGGAGGGUCUCUGAGUUCCUGGCCAGACUGGUCUACAAAUCAAAUUUCUGUAUUCCUAACCCUAACAGUAAAAGGAGUAUUUUACUAAGAAAUACUGCAUUGGUAAAGGGCACUUUGAAUUUUUUUUCUAUUUUCUCUAUCCCUUCUCAGAACAUUGGACUAAUGAAGUUCCUCUAGGGGCAAGAAGAGCAGUCAUUUACUAAAUCUUGAAAACAUCUUUUAAUAUGUUUCCUAGAAACUAAGGUGGUUCAGCCUGGUGAGUGUCCAUUGCUUUCUUUUUGAAAGAACUUAAAAAGGAACAAUUAGGUGCAUGCUGAUAAAUUAUUAAAAUAAUUUAUCAGGGGCUAAGGGGCCAAUGAAGACAGAUCAAUGAGGUGCUUGCUGUACAAAGAUGAGGACCUGUUGCAGGAUAAGUGACGCUUGUUAUUAAACCUGAUGAUUUGAGUUUAAUCCCUGGAACCCAUAUGGUAGAAAGAGAGAACUGCUUCCUGUAGGAGGCCUCUUAUCUCCACACAUGUGCUGUGGCACGUGUGCACAUGCACACAGACACAGAAAUCAAUACAGGUAAAGUGAUUUUGAGACUAGAACCCUUUUAGAGAACAAGGCCUCAUUAUGUAGCCCAGGUGGCCCUGGAAUUCACAGAACUAACAUUAGGAAUGCAAACAGUAAGUUAUGGGAAGGUCUUCAAGUCCUCUGCAUUUACACACUGAACAAACCUCCCAGUGCUCACAUCUGUGGGGGAUGGGGGGAGGCACAGAACGGUGAAAUUGAUGCACAGGAGGUCAAGAUAUAGGACUUGAGUAACAGCCAGAGGUUGAUCUCUGACACACACACACACACACACACACACACACACACACACACACACACACACGGGCACCACAUAUCUACAAAUAAAAAGGGGAGAGGGUACUCUAGAGAUGGCUCAGAGGCCCAAAGCAUCUGCUGCUCUUUCUUUUUUUUUUUCCGGAGCUGGGGAUCCAACCCAGGGCCUUGUGCUUGCUAGGCAAGCGCUCUACCACUGAGCUAAAUCUCCAACCCCGCAUCUGCUGCUCUUGUAGAGGACCUGGGCUAGAUUUGCAGCAUCCUCGUGGUGGUUCACAACCAUCUGUAACUCCCAUGCCUCUUCUGGUCUUCUUGGCAUGAGACACACACGUAGUACACAUUUAUAUGCAGGCAAAAAAAUAAAUAGAUAAAAGAAAAUAAAUUUAAAGUAAGGAAAGAAAGAAGGGCUAGAGAGAUGAGGGCUCAGGCCUGGAUGGCAAUUCACACCCACAUGUAACUCCAGUCCUAGGAGAUUUUAUGCCUCUAUAGCCUCCAGAGGCACCUGUGCUCACGUGUGAACACGUACACUACAAUGGUUAGCAAGUUAAUCUUAACAAAAAUACAUUUCUGGUACAUUUUGUUCAUUUUCUGAGUGUGUCUCAGUAUGUCAUUCUGACCAGUGUUGUAAGUCAGUGAGGGAGAUUUAAAAAAAUUCUUAGAAACCUAAACUCACAGGAAAUUAUAACUUCUAAUUAUAUGCACAUCCUUAUUUUAUUACAGAGAAUUAUGUUGAUGCAGGCAAUGAGAGAAUUUUGUAACAUAAAAUUGUAUUACAGUCUUGGAGGGGGUGAAAUACAUGCUCCAAUAUGACAUUUCUAUUAGAGGAGGACGUGACAUUUUAAUUUUAAAUAAUGUUUUAACAUGUACUUGUUUUGUGUUGUGAGGACAGGUUAGAGGACAACUUGUGAGAUUUGGUUCCUUCCUCCCCCAUGUAGGUCCUGGGGAUAAAGCUUGGGUCAUCUCAGGCUUGCCAGAAAGCGCCUUAAUCCACUGGGGUUUUAAAAUGGAUGGUGGGGGGGCUGGGGAUUUAGCUCAGUGGUAGAGCGCUUACCUAGGAAGCACAAGGCCCUGGGUUCGGUCCCCAGCUCCGAAAAAAAAGAACCAAAAAAAAAAAAAAAAUGGAUGGUGGUAAUGUAUCCUGCUACAGAUAGUUUCUAUUUGCUUGGUUUUGUUCUGUUUCUUAAGACAGCCCAGGCUGGCCUCAAACUCACUGUGUAACUGAGGAUAGCCUUGAGCUACGGAUUCUUCUGUCUCUCAGAGUGCUGGAUUCCAGUCCCAAGUGGUCAUGCCAGGCUCAUAAAUAUUUUAUUUAACCCUUGCUGUAUGAAUCUGAAACAAUGAUGUAAGUCUUAUAACGGUAAUAUUUUAAGCUAAAAGAAAUACUAUUUUGUGCAAUUAUCUAGACCCUUGGAGGAAACUUCAAAAUGCAUGAGAGAUUCUGAAAUGACAAGAUUAUGGGAUUUUGAAAUUAGUGACAUAGUAAUGUCUGACAGACACUGUAAUAAUUCACAUACAAUGUGUGAUAUUUCACAGUUGAUUUUAGCAGAGACACCAGGGAAAGACUACAUUUCUACCAUGGUCUAAUGUCUGUCUUUUUGAUCUGCAGUUCUACCAGCAGAAAGGACGGUUCUGGGAAGGAAAGUGGAGAAAGUCCUUAAACACGGAGAUUUGUAAAGACCUGAGAGGGGGGCUGUGGUCUGCAACUCAACAGUUAUAAGCAUGCAUUACUUCCUUUUUAAAGACUUAUUUUAAUUUUUUAAAGAUACACUUAUUUUUAUUUCACGUGUAUACUUUUCUGCCUACAUGUGUGUAUGUAUACCACAUGGGUGCCUGGUGCUCACAGAGGCCAGGAGAGGGUGUCAUAUUCCUUAAAACUCGAGUUGCAGGCGGCUGACAAGGAACCAAAUUCAGGUCCUCUGCAAGAGCAGUAUUAUGCUCUCUUAACCUCCAAGCCAUCUCUCCAGCCCCUGAAUGCAUCAUAUUUUAAGACAACUAUGAAGUCACAGCUAUGAGACUUUUAUCUGGUUCUUUAAAAUAUCCUGUAGUGGGGAGGUGGCCACUGGUAGACAGCUCAGCUCGGGCAAGAAAGCAAGGUAUAGAAGACAAUUGCCAGUCACUUUCCGGAAAUAGCUUCAGAAACAGAGGUGGGAUGGGUUAGGAGAAAUUGCUGGGCUCUCUUAAGAAGUGAGGCUUGGGAUUCAGCAAUCAGAAAAAGAGAGGCAGGAAGGCUCUAGGUGGAUGUGUGCAUAGGGUUCUACCGCUCCUGUCAGGAUGAGGACAGGGUAGGUUUCAAUGUGCCUGUGUGUACAGUUAAUGUUUGCUGUCACGGCAUAAUAAUGAACAGUUCUCCUUGUUACCUUAAAAAAAACAUUAUUUCUCCCUAGAGAGAUGGCUUAGAGGUUAAGAGCAAUCACUACUCAUGAGGAGGGCCCGGGUUCACAUGGUGGUGCUCAACCUUCUGUAACUCCAGUGUCUGGGUACCCAGUCCCUCCUUCUGAGCUCUGAGGGUAGGAGAUACACAUGAGGUACACACAUACUCACAUGCAGACAAGACACACAUCUAAAGAAAAAAGAUUCCUACAUGUGCUUUGUGUGUAUGUUUUUGCAUGCUGUGAGGAGUGACCAGCUCCGAGCCAACAUUCACCCAGGUGCUUUGUGUCCCUUUGCAGGACUAAGGCCAGACUGGGUUAGGUCUUUAUAUGGCUGGUAUAAAGCCUCCCAGAGUGACCUAGAUAAAGACCACAGUCCAAGAGCAAACUGUAUCCUGGGGCCACAAGGAAUCACAAGGUGUGGAGUAACAGGAAGAAGAUCUCAAGUAUACAUGACUCUGAGGAACAGGAACUGUUCAUCACUGCCCACCAUUGCCCGCAGCCCACUGCUUCAGGAACAUCAAUCUACACUUUGUGUUGGGUAUCACUUAAUGCCUUUAGUUCAAUGGUGCCUAGCCAAAACAAUCAAUACAAGAGUUUGUUUCCUUCCUGUUUUCCCUUCCAGUUCCUUCCCUUCCCUUUCCCUUUUCUUUCUUUUUUCUUUUUUAAAAUAAGGUCUCAUACAACUCAUCUCCAACUUGUAAUGUAGCUGAAGCUGGCCUUGAACUUCUGAUCUUUCUGCUUCAACAGUUCUGAGAUUACAGGCCUUAGCUACUGUGCCCUUCAGGCAACAAAACAAUUUCAUCAUAAAAGGGUGAGUCCCCAUUUAAGACUGAUUAGACAUCUCUUAGCAUCCCCCAACACAUUUGUUUAAAAAUAUCUUAUUUGCUUGAGCCAGGGAGAGCUGGCCUUGUCCCUUGUCUGCCCUGAAGUGGGCACAGGAAAGAUGCCCUUCUCUCCUCUUGCCUACUGCAGCAUACCCUUCAGGGCAUAGGAGUGGACCAGCUGGCCCUGCCCCUUUACCAGCUGCAGCAUGGGGCAAGCUAUCUGGGCCAGUGCUGGAGAACUUGUCCUAGUGGCUUGGGUGCAGAAGAGCUGGCAGGCUGACCAACUCAGCUAUCAACUAGGCCCAGAUACAGUUUGGCCCACCCUAACAUCUACCUCAUCUAUGAACUGCUGGAUUGUGUGAUGGGGCCAGUACUGCAAAUCCACGGCUGCAGGAUCUCUAUAACACAGGGUAACAACUGGAUAACCAAGAGGAGUCCCGUGAGUCUCUGGUAUUGAUAGCAUAGCAGAAGUCAGAGACCUCGAACAAGACCAGUGCCUGACUGUCACGAACAUCUAUCUACAAGUAAAGAUGUGUGGACAAAGGAUACACCAUGUGUCAUACCGUGACACACUGCAGCUUUCACAAAGAGAUGCUUGCUUGCUUGUUUGUCUGUUUUCCUUUGGGGGUGGGGAAAGAGGAGGUUGCAAGGGUAGAGGGCAGAUUCUAAGAAAGGGACCUGGGGAUGAGUGGGAUUGGGGUGCAUGAUGGGAAAUUCACAAAGAAUCAAAAACAAAAUUAAAAAUCCAUUAUUUAACUCAGAAUAACAUGAAGACUCAUAGCAACACUGGUCAUCUAAUGACGUGCAGGUCACCAUUACAACAAAAAUUCAACAAUGGGCUAGAAUAACGUCAUUGGUUAAGUGCACUAGCUGCUCACGCAGAGCACCUAAGGAGGGUGGGUCCCAGCACCCACAGGUGGUUCAUAGCUGUCUGCAACUUCAAUUCCAAGGUUCUGAUGCCCUCUUCUGGCCUCCACAGACACUGCACACACAUGGCACACACACCUUCACGCAGGCAAAACAUUCAUACACACAGAAAUAAAUCUCGAAAAAGUAUUAUACAAAGCAAACAGUAAAAGUCUCUUUUUGAAAAGGUGCUUCAGCUGCCAAAGCUUGAGGGCACAGAUGCAAAGAAGCAGGUUACUGUUUUGGAUGAGAUUUACUGAAGACAUUUAUUUUGUUGUUUUGUUUUGCUUUUGGGUCUCACUAGGUAGCCCUGGCUGGACUGGAACUCAUAAUCAAUGGAGACCAGGCUGGCCUCAAACUCAAGAGAGUCACCUGCUUCUCCCUCCCAACCACUGGGAUCAAAGGUGUGCACCACUAUGACAGGCCCCUGGAGAUAUAUCGUAACCUCUAAGUCAUCUCUCCAGAUCAAGAUUUAUUUGAAUUUUUAAUCAUGUGCAUGCCCAUGUGUCUAUGUGUCUGCAAUAAAAAAGAAGAGUUGUUAUGUAACUACCUCCUACCAACAGGACACUCCCUCCUGGAGAAGCAGAGAAGCUCAUGUUACCUGCCAGGCUCAGGAAGCUCUGGAGCCAGCAGACUCAAGACAGAGUAGACUGUUAGCUGUUUAGGAAGCAUAGGCCAAGCAGCAUACUUGAAGCCUUUGGCUGAGGGCACGUGUGUGUGUGUGUGUGUGUGUGUGUGUGUGUGUGUGUGUGUGUGUGUGUGUGUGUGUGAGACAUACCCUGUAUUGCUGAGGCUGACCUUAAACUCCCAGACCUCCUGCCUCAGCUUCCUAAGUGCUGAGACUGCAGUGUUGCAACACAAUGCUUAGCUCAGGUCAUAGGUUCUACUUUUAAUAGCUGCUUCAUAAAACAAUGGAGAAAUAAAUAAAUUAACACAAAAAUAAUGCUAGUACUUGGAGGUGGAGGCAGGAGAGUCAAGAGUUCAAGGCCAGCUUUAGGUAUGGAGUGGGUUUGAGGCUAUUUUGUGUAUUUUGUGUUUUGUCUCAAAACAACCAAAACUCAACCUCAGAGUCAUGAAAGUGUUCUAUCACUGACCUGAGGGAGGACCAUUUUGACCUUCUGAAGUGGGAAGAACUUAGGUUCAGCACAAUGCAAAACACAGCUCUCACUUCAGGAAUCUGAAGUGGCUUAUUCUAGAGUUACAUAUGAGGGGGAAGAGAGAUUUAGGCUGUCUACAAACCAUGCUUUAGUAUGUAUCAGUUUUAUGAAAAAAAUUUUUUUUCCUAGACAGGGUUUCUCUGUGUAGUCCUGACUGUCCUGGAACUCACUCUGUAGACCAAACUGGUCUCAACCUCAGGCAUUCACUGGCCUCUGCCUCCCAAGUAUUGGGACUAAAGAUGUGCCCCACUGCCACUACCAGCACCAUCAUCCGGCUCAGUUUGUCCAAAGUGUUGAUGUAACAGAGCUGAUAGUCACAGAGCAAGGUGCUUUUCUUUUCUUUUCUUUCUUUUUUUUUUUUUUUUUGGUUCUUUUUUUCGGAGCUGGGGACCGAACCCAGGGCCUUGCGCUUCCUAGGCAAGCGCUCUACCACUGAGCUAAAUCCCCAGCCCCAGCAAGGUGCUUUUCAACUACAUCCUGGGAACAUCAGGUAGGCUGGUCGAAGCAUGGCUGGGAGGGGCUGCAAAAUCUGCAGCAGGCUUCGAAUGCUAUCUGAUGACAUUUUUAGCCUUGGAGUUGCUGGCUGAACAAACAAAGCCUUGGGUUUGCUGAGCGAAACAAACAUCCCAAUAGUUUUCUUUCAAGUUCUUUAGGUCAGAUAAGAAGGUGGGCAGUGAAUGGUCACUGAGGGGGCUAAAGGCAGCCCAUAAUAAUCUGGCUCUGGAUAUGCAACAUUCCAACUCUGACCAAUCAGGAAGCACUAAUCAGUCAAUCAGCCCUGGAAAAUCUUUGAAAUAGGUGUGGCUUUUCUUCUGGGAACAUCUGUUUGGCAGGAAAUAUAUAUUGUCCAUUAUGAUAUGUAAGGCACUUAAUAAAUUUUUGUGAGCCAAGUCAGUGAACUGAGUGUAAACCCAGGAACUGUUCUGGGUGUUUUGGUUCUCUAGUUGUAAACAAUCAUACCUUUAGAGAUAUUUUAUUUACCAAACAGCUGCCUUAGAAAAAAAUCAAAGCAGCAAACAAAAGGAUGUUCAUUCUAGUUGUGUGUGUGUGUUUGUGUGUGUGUGUGUGUGUAACAGCAACAUUUUAAAAUAAAACAAAAAUAUUGCAUAGUGAGGGGGUGGCUAAGCAGCCACUAAAGUAGUUUUUAGAGAAUAGCGAAUGACAUGGAAAACUCAAAAAUGUACAAAAUACAUAAAUAAGAAAUAGUUGAUUACACACAACACAAUCCAACAUGGUUUAAAAUGAGUUUAUGUGGUCUUGGGAGAUGGCUUCGUGGGUAAAGUGCUUUCCCUACAAGUUCUAGGACAGCAGUUUGGAUCCCCAGGACCCAUGUAGAAGCUGUGUGGGUGCCGUGGUCCACCUGUAAUCAGAAGCAAAAGGCUGACAUAGGGAAUCCUCCAAGUGGCUGCCUAGCCAGAUCAGCUAACAUGGCGAGCUCUGGGUUCAGUGAGCCAUCUGCCUCAGUGGAUACGGUGGAAAGAGAUAGAGGACAACAUUCACACCAAUUUUGGAAUCAAAUAUGUGUGUGGGUACCUGCUAACACAUUAACAUUAAAAAAGACCCUACGUACACCACACAUACACAUAUACACACAGCUGUAUUAUAUAGAACAUGAUAAAAGGAAAUCAAAUUAGAAAUCCUUCUUUUCAAUACUUUUUUUUUUCAGUAAAUCUGUUGUUCUUUUUUCUAACCAGAGGAUGAAACAAAACCAAUUUAAGUUUUUUUUUUGUUUUAAGUCAGGUCUGGUUUUCACCAGUUCUUUCAGCUAAGCAGUAGCUGUACCAGAACACCGGCUGGCAUUUUCUAGGUGUCUGAAGACAUUGUCUCUAUCUAGCCUACAGAUUUUGCAGGUCUGGGCGGAGCCCAACAGUUUGCAUUUCUAACAAGUUCCACCCGGCUGCGAGAUGACAACACAGAAUGGAACACAGAAAUAGCACAGAACCUGAUGUGGGUUUUGAGGUCAGUCUGGUUCUGACUCUGGCUCUGCUCUUUGUGGCUUUGUGUGUAGCAACCGUUGAUAUCUUAGCCCCAUGCAGCCUCUUUUUUCCACAUGGAUAAAAUGAAGUCAGGAUUGUUGUCAAGGUCAGGAGGUACAAACUCAACACAAUGUGUCACUCGGCUGGGGCCUUUGAGGUCCUUUUAUUUUUUCUAAAGUUGUUUUUCCUUUCACGUCUUCUUCUCGUGUGUGAUGCUUAGUUUUUAUGUCAAACUGACACAAGCCAGAGGCAUAUCAGAAAAUGGACUCUCAACUGAGAAAAUGUCCCCACCCAUUUAGCUUGUGGUACAUUUUCUUGAUUGAUGUGGCCUUACCUUAGUUCAGCUUACUGUAGGUGAUGCCGCCCCUGGGCAGGUGGUUUUGGAUGCUCUCCGAAAGCAGGCUGAGCAAGCUAGUAAGAAGCACCUUUUCAUGGCUUCUGCAUCAGUUCCUGCCUCCAGGUUCCCAUCCUCAUCUCCCUGGAUGAUGGACUAUAAGCUGGAGAUAAAAAUAAACCCUUUCUUCCCUAAGCUGCUUUUGGUCAUGUUGCUUAUCAGAGUGUCUGAAAAAUAACUAAUAUAGAAAUUGGUACCAGGAUAAUGGGGGACGUUGCUGUAACAAACAUGACCACGUUUCAGGGAGGGUUGAGGAAAGACUUUGGAACUUUGGGCCAGGAAAGCCAUUGAGUGUUCAGAGCUUAAUGAGCUAUUGUGGGAACUCAAAAGAGAAACCUGGGCUGGAGAGAUGGCUCAGUGGUUAAGAGCACUGACUGCUCUUCCAGGGGUCCUGAGUUCAAUUCCCAGCAACCACAUGGUGGCUCACAACCAUCUGUAAUGAGAUCUGAUGCCCCCUUCUGAAAACAGCUACAGUGUACUCAGAUAUAAUAAAUACAUCUUUAAAAAAAAAAAAAAGAGAAACCUAAGAGCAGUGCAGACGGUGGAGGCCUGGCUUGUGACGUUUCAGAGGGAAGCUCGAGAGUCCCUUAAAGACUCUAUCAGGGCCAUUUGGCAUUUUGAAUUAAGAACUGCUAAAAACCUUUGCUUUGCUGGACAAUCUAUACUGGUCAGCUGGGGCUGCAAAAUCAGCUGUGAGUAAGAAGAGACAAGCAUCAUGGAGGCAAACUCUUCUGGGAGGUGUUUCCUCAGGCUCAGCACACAGAGCAGCCCAAGGCUGCAUCUCAUCUGGUAGAGCUCGGUAGUCCACGAUUCCCAGGUGGUAUUGUUUUGGAAGGCAUGAAGGGUUCUGGAGAGCACUCAGGCUUGGAACUGUGUGGGAGGGCUGAAGUCCCUGGAAAGAGGCUGGGAGAGGCCACUGUUGAAGCUGCACCUCAGAGGCAUCUGAAGCCCCAGGAUUGAAGGGGCCAUGGAGAGAAGCUGAGGUCUGAGUCUACUUAAGGUUAGAGUUCCUGAAGAGAGUCCCGAGAAACUACUGGUGAAGGAACAAGACAGUAGUAGGCAGUGUUCCUCCAUAUCCUCUGCUUCAUCGCCUGUCCCCAAGUUCCUGUCCUAACUACUGUCUGUGAUGCAGUGUGACCUGAGAGUUGUGAGCUGAAAGAAACCCUUUCCUCCCCAAGUUGCUUUUGGUCACUGUGUUUUAUCCUCGAAAUGGAAACCUAACUAUGACAAAGCUCAUCAUUUCAUUUCCAUAACAGAGUUCACAAUGCCUGAUUUUGCAACAACACAGGGCAAAUAAUUCCCUUCAAACUUCAGAAGACAAAUACACGGUCUCCGGUAUUCAUACAGAAUGGAAGAUACCAGUGUAACAGAAUCUACUUUGAUUCAGCCAAUAGUAUCAAUUCUCCAGACAACACCAAUUGUGAGGACUGAACAAGAUACUGUGCUAAGUGUUUAGACAGAAACCGACACAUGGUUGCAGAGCAAAUGUCAGUUUCCUUUAAGCAGGACAUAACCAGUGCCUCCCAGAGCCAUUUCAAGCUCACCUGAUCCAUCUUCCCACCUCAGAUUGCUCUUUUCUGGUAGCUAAAGGCAAUUGUGUAAUUCAGAUACGUUGGGAUUAAGAACCCACUCUACAUAAAAGAUUGUGUUGGAUGUCUAAGGAGGUAAGCAGAAGACAGUUCCUUGACUCUGAGUGAUGCAGUGAUGAAAUGCUAGUCAGGGGCCCAAGGUGUGGUGCGACGCAUUGUAGAAAGCGUGUUAAGUUUGCAGAUUUAGAAUGGCUCAUUUGAGGUUAUUUUGUCCUCGAGAACUAGUGAGCUCUGGUUUUGUGGUUAAUGGGUAUCAAGAUCUAAGUGUUCUAUGGUUAAAGCUGAGGAGAGCCACAUAGAUUCCUACUCAUGCUCAAGGCUUUUUGUCAGUUUCUUCCUCCUAAGUAAACAGUUUUAAGUUUGAGCUCAGAAGCCAAACUGUUUGAGCUUGAAUCCUGGUGUUGCUAGCUGGUGCCAGUGCGAUUCUGGGCUUAUUAUCCACCUUGUGCUUCAGUUCUUCACCUUUAAAAUGAUCUUAAAAAUAGUACUGUACUUCAUAGGUUGAUGUGAGGAUUAAAUAAUAUAAUCUAUAUAAAACUAGAAAACCUGAGCUAUAAUUGCUAUUAUAAUAAACAUUAGUCUCUGAAAGGAUGGAAAAUAGAUUUAGUCUCCUAUUAGUCACUUAAUUAUUUUCGCUCAGACUGUAAUCAAGCUAUACUUUAAAAAAAAAUGUGUUCCAGCACUUGGGAGGCAGAGGCAGGCAGUUCUCUGUGAGUUUGAGGCCAGCUUGGUCUAUGAAGUUGAGUUCCAGGCCAGCCAAUUUACAAAGUAUGACAAAGCCUCUCUGUCUCUCUGUCUCUCUGACUCACUCACUCACUCACUCACUCACUCACUCACUCAUCAAUACAUAGGAAUGAUUGCUACAGUCCCCUUCUGUUAAACAGUGGCUUUUCAUUCAGGUUGAUUACCUAGUAAAUACAUAUUAUUCAAUGGGAGCAAGCUGCUCCCGCUGGAAAACUUUGUCUGAAGUGUGGUUUGAGAUUUGGGCAAACCUGGUCUGUACCAGAAAAGUGGAGAAAAGUAAAACCUGAUAAGGCAACAGGGCUGGAUGGAUAGAGAAACUAAUACAUUCUUUAAAAGUCCCUCAAAAUGAACAGGUGCUGAGAAAGAUGAGGGUCUAUCAGCCCAAUAAGACUUCCCAUCUAUUUUAAGAUACACAUCAAGCUUCUUUAGACAGAAAUCAAGCCUUUUAAGGAAGGUGAGGAGAGCACAUCCCGUGGGUUGAGUUAAAGGGAUGCUCAGCAGGUGCUGAGUCUCACCCUCAAGGUGGCUGCAGGAUUGUGUGAACCGAGGUGGCAAGGCUGGCUUCUCUGGAAGGAAAGAUGCUAUCUCUCUCUGGGGAGUUAGAUGACUAUGGCACCACAUGAAACAAGAAACCGCAGCAGCCACCGCCAGCUCAGCCCAGCUCAACAUUCAGAUUAGUCAAGAGCCAUCUUUUUACUUGCUGGGGGCCACCCUUCUAGAUCUUCCUCAAGUGCUUGAAGUAGAAAUUCUGGGAUGAACUGUAAGAGGGCGUUUGCAUAAUCAAGAAGUGUGGAAAGCUGGCGGAGGAGAAAAAUAACCUAUGUCAAAGAAGAGAAAAAACAUGUAUUUCUUGGGGGGAGGGCGCAGGGAAGGCAAGGAUUUGGCACCGCAUCAAUAUCCUCUGUGAGGCAAUCUAGGAGCAGAGAUCUCAAUUCCUUUCCAAAGCUUCAGUAUUUGACAGGUGCCAAGCACACAGCCUUGUACUCUAUCCUCACCCAAGCGAUGCUUAAACCCAGCAUCUUCUAGUUUUAAGAUUCUGGAAGAGAAAGCAGUAGGUGUGUCUAAAGUUCCCGCCUGAAUUUGUCUGGUGAGGACCAGGCAAGUCUGGGUCGGUGGAAAGCCAUGGAUUGGGGUGGAGCCCAAGGAUGGACUGUACCCUGGUCCUUAGAUGCUCCGUGUACUGGGUGUCCCGCAGUUCCUUCUUCGAUUCUCGGGCUUCUCUGGAGUUUUUAUCGUGGUCGGUGGCCGGAAGACACCUGCUUUGUUUCCUUCAGCACUGAGAUUCCGCUUGGCUCCCUGCUGGCAUCAUACCCACUUCUCCCCAGCCCCCAAGCCUUCAGUACCUCAGCUCCCGUGACGUCGGGGAACUCCCAAUCCCAACUGGGGCGAGGCAGUUAAGCCGCGUCCUUCAGGUGUCAGUCCGGACUCAUGUGAAACCACAAUUCCCAGAGUGCCUCGGUCCAUGAGGCCAGGCCAUAGAUAAAAUGGCUCCAGUGAGUGGGACGAGCAGCUGGAAAAGUAGUCUCUGGUGACUUACCGGAUGUGUUUAAAUACCCGAAGCUUCACUUCUGCACCACCUCAUUAUCACCUCCAGGUCCCGGAGACGGCGUCCGAAAGUGCGCUCGCUCCCGGGGCAUCUUGGGAAUUGUAGUCCAGAUGCCAGAUUACACCGAACUACCCUUCCCAGGGUGCUCAGCGGCCGGACUACGGCAACGUUCUCUUCAAGUGUCUCUGUCCCGAGUUCCCCCUUCUCUGGUCCCCUUCUUGCCAUCGAUUUCUUUUACUCUGUAGUUACGGCUGGUGCACUCGAGACGGCCCUGAGCAGGGGCUGCGCAGCCCUAAGAAGCACUUCCGGUGGCGGGUCACUUCCGGGUUUAAACUUAAACGAUCGCUCCCCGAGGAGGAGGGGACCCGCCGCACGAUUGACAGUAUAUUCCUGCAGGCGCCGUCCCUCAGCCCCCACCCCACGGCCGGAUUCCCGUAGCUCUCUGCUCAGGGCUGAAACCGGAGAAGAAAUCCUUAGAUCUCGUUUCUUUACUACAAAUACGAACCUAGAAACCAUCGGCAUUCUGCCUUGGCGUUUCAUAUUGGAAAGAUGAAGAAGUUUUUCGACUCCAGGCGGGAGCAGGGGAGCUCUGGCCUGGGUUCGGGCUCCAGCGGAGGAGGGGGCAGCAGCUCAGGCCUGGGCAGUGGCUACAUCGGGAGGGUCUUCGGCAUCGGGAGGCAGCAAGUCACCGUGGACGAGGUCUUGGCAGAAGGUGGAUUCGCUCUCGUCUUUCUGGUGAGAACAAGCAAUGGGGUGAAAUGUGCCUUGAAACGCAUGUUUGUCAACAAUGAGCAUGACCUUCAGGUGUGCAAGAGGGAGAUCCAGAUCAUGAGGGACCUAUCAGGGCACAAGAACAUUGUGGGCUACAUUGAUUCUAGUAUCAACAAUGUGAGCAGUGGCGACGUAUGGGAAGUUCUCAUUCUCAUGGACUUCUGCAGAGGAGGCCAGGUGGUAAACCUGAUGAACCAGCGUCUCCAGACAGGCUUUACAGAGAAUGAAGUGCUGCAGAUCUUCUGUGACACCUGUGAGGCUGUGGCCCGCCUGCAUCAGUGCAAAACUCCCAUUAUCCACCGGGACCUGAAGGUUGAAAAUAUCCUCUUGCAUGACCGAGGCCACUAUGUCUUGUGUGACUUUGGAAGUGCCACCAACAAAUUCCAGAAUCCACAGGCCGAGGGAGUCAAUGCAGUAGAAGAUGAGAUUAAGAAAUACACAACGCUCUCCUAUCGAGCCCCAGAAAUGGUCAACUUGUACAGUGGCAAAAUCAUCACCACGAAGGCAGAUAUUUGGGCUCUUGGCUGUUUGUUGUAUAAAUUAUGCUACUUCACUUUGCCAUUUGGGGAGAGCCAGGUGGCAAUUUGUGAUGGAAGCUUCACAAUUCCUGAUAACUCUCGAUAUUCACAAGAUAUGCACUGCCUUAUUAGGUAUAUGUUGGAACCAGACCCUGACAAAAGGCCGGAUAUUUACCAGGUUUCUUACUUCUCAUUUAAACUACUCAAGAAAGAAUGCCCAGUUCCAAAUGUACAGAAUUCUCCCAUUCCUACAAAACUUCCUGAACCAGUGAAAGCCAGUGAGGCAGCUGUAAAAAAGACCCAGCCAAAGGCCAGACUGACAGAUCCCAUUCCCACCACAGAGACUUCAAUUGCACCCCGCCAGAGGCCUAAAGCUGGGCAGACUCAGCCAAACCCCGGAAUCCUUCCCAUUCAGCCAGCCCUGACUCCUCGUAAGAGGGCCACUGUUCAGCCCCUACCUCAGGCUACAGGACCCAGCAAUCAGCCUAGCCUUCUAGCCAGUGUUUCCCAGCCUAAAGCCCAAGCCACGCCCAGUCAACCUCUUCAGUCAUCUCAACCCAAGCAGCCACAAGCUCCACCCACCCCACAGCAGACGCCUGCUCCCCAGACCCAGGGUCUGCCCACCCAGGCCCAGGCUACUCCUCAGCACCAGCAGCAGCUCCUCCUCAAGCAGCAGCAGCAGCAGCAACAGCAGCAGCAGCAGCAACAGCCACAGCAGCCAACAGCACCACCACAGCCAUCAGGCACCUUUUACCAGCAGCAGCAGCCCCAGCAGCAGCAGGCUCAGACUCAGCAGUUUCAGGCAGUGCAUCCAGCAGCCCAGCAAUCAGUCACUGCUCAGUUCCCUGUGGUGUCCCAGGGAGGCUCUCAGCAACAGCUGAUGCAGAACUUCUACCAGCAGCAGCAGCAGCAGCAACAGCAGCAGCAACAGCUGAUGGCUCAGCAGGCCGCCCUGCAGCAGAAGACUGCUGUGGUAGUACCACAGCCUCAGGCACAGCCAGCCACAGCCCCACAGGCAGCUGCUGCCCAGGAGCCUGCGCAGAUUCAAGCCCCAGCAAGACAACAGCCAAAAGUUCAGACCACUCCACCUCCAACCAUCCAGGGACAGAAAGUUGGCUCUCUCACUCCUCCAUCAUCUCCGAAAACCCAACGUGCUGGGCACAGGCGGAUUCUCAGUGAUGUAACCCACAGUGCAGUCUUCGGGGUUCCUGCCAGCAAGUCAACCCAGCUGCUCCACGCGGCUGCAGCUGAGGCCAGUCUCAGUAAAUCUAAGUCUGCAACCACCACUCCUUCAGGCUCUCCACGGACUUCCCAGCAGAAUGUCUCUAAUGCUUCCGAAGGCUCCACAUGGAAUCCUUUUGAUGAUGACAACUUCUCCAAACUCACGGCUGAAGAGCUGCUGAACAAGGAUUUCGCGAAGCUUGGGGAAGGAAAGCUUCCUGAGAAGCUUGGAGGCUCUGCAGAGAGUUUGAUCCCAGGUUUCCAGGCAACACAAGGAGAUGCCUUUGCCACUUCCUCCUUUUCUGCUGGAACCGCUGAGAAGAGAAAGGGGGGACAGGCUGUGGAUUCUGGCAUCCCACUUCUAAGUGUGUCUGAUCCUUUCAUUCCUCUUCAGGUACCUGAUGCUCCAGAAAAACUAAUCGAGGGACUCAAAUCUCCUGACACUUCUCUUCUGCUCCCUGACCUCUUGCCUAUGACAGAUCCUUUUGGCAGCACUUCCGAUGCUGUGAUUGAAAAAGCUGAUGCUGCUGUUGAGAGUCUCAUACCUGGGCUGGAGCCACCUGUUGCCCAGCGCCUCCCAUCUCACACGGAAUCUGUGACUUCAAACCGCACAGACUCUCUCACGGGGGAAGACUCUCUCCUUGACUGUUCUCUGCUUUCUAACCCUACUGCUGACCUUCUGGACGAGUUUGCCCCCAUAGCACUCUCUGCUUCCACUCAUAAAGCUGCAGAAGAUAGUAAUCUCAUCUCAGGGUUUGGUGUCGCUGAGGGCUCCGAAAAGGUGGCAGAAGAUGAGUUUGACCCUAUUCCUGUACUGAUAACCAAAAACACACAAGGUCUCCAGAGAGAGCCCAAUCCUUGUCCUGUAAUUACUGUAGAGCGCUUUAAAGAAGCCGUGGGCACCAAAGGCCUCCCCCUCUAUCCAGAUCCCUGCAGAGCUCCUGGCACAAAGACUUUGAACGCCUUAGAGUCUGAUUCUCUGGCCCGAGAGGGUCCUUCCAGCAACAGCUCCUUCCACAGCAGCGAGGAGGAAGGGACUGACCUGGAGGCGGACAUGUUAGACUGCAGUGGGUCUCGGCCUCUUCUGGAGUCUGAAGAGGAGGAUGAGAGCUGCAGGCCUCUCCAGGAGAAGCUGGGAGAAGCCACCCUGUUCUCUCAAUCUGCAGUGUCUGUUGAGCCAGAAGAAAGGGGGCAAAGCGGGAAAAAGAGCCGGUUCUUGCCAGUCAACCAGCAGGCCUCAGAGGAUCCCGGGGAGCCUGACGUCUUUGCCAUAGCGCCUUUCAGGAGCUCGCUGGCUCCAGCAGCCGAUGUGGACAUUUUCUCCAAAGCCCCUUUUGUUUCCAAGGGCAGUGUAGCUCCUUCCCAGGCAGAGGAAGUGGAUGUGUUCUCCAGAGCUCCUUUUACCAAGAAGAAGAGUGUGGAAGAGUUCCUGGCUGUGCAGGGUUCCUCACAGGAUUUGCUGAUGCAGGCCAACCUCAGUCAGCCCAGUGAAGGGCUCCUGCUUGCAGGCCGUGAUAGAGCCAUGUACACCCCUGCACAGGCACAGCAUCCGGUGACUGGCUUUGCCCUGCAGGCUGGUCUCCCCUCCCACUCUGUCCAGGUAGCAGACCAUUUUGACAGCAACUCUCCCAGAGGGUCUCCCAUGAACUCUGGGGGCCAUCCUAAUGACAGAAACAGAGGACUGCAGCCCCAGAAAGAAGCCUUCUCAGGGCCAGCGGCUGGCAAGCCAUUCCGCCCCCAGGCUUUAUCCAAAUAUUCUCGACACUAUAGCCCAGAAGAUGAGCCAAGUCCAGAAGCCCAGCCCAUUGCUGCCUACAAGAUUGUUUCACAAAGCAAUAAGCAGUUGCUAGCUGGCUCUGUGUCUGUCACAUCCCUGUCCUCCAGGACUACAGAGCUGGCCACUGCUGAUCCUUUUGCUUUAGCUCCCUUUCCUUCAAAAGCUAGCAAACAGAAACCCUAGGAGCAGAGAAUAGCCUGAGGCUUGCCUCCACCCACCCCACCAGCACCGAUCACAUCACUCCUGGCUGGCCUAUCAGGGAGCAUAUCCCAUCCACUGUGACCUUGCAGUCCCCUGCCUCAGAGCAGAGUCACUUCAAGGCAACCAGCCAAAUUGCCGUAAGACCCGGCCGAAGCUCCUUAAGUUACACUCACAGCUUUUGUUUAUAUCCAUUCCCAGACUUGUAGGCAUUUGUGUCACCUUCUUAGAGGCCUUCCACUGCACUCAGAACUCUGAUGGUUUUUCUGCCCAGAAACCUGUUUAAUCCAGGAAUAUUUUCCCCCUAGUUAACAGGGGCUACGUUAUACCAUGACUUUGAAUUCCUACAGCUCCUGUCGGAGUCAAUUGCAUUGAAGAAUUAAGAUUGAUCCCUUCAGGACUCAAUACUCUUGGAACAGAGAGCUUUCUAGAAAGAAGAGCAAUACAAACCUCCUGCACAUCUGGAGACGUUAAUCUUCUGGCGACUCAUCAGUCAUUCCUAUGGAACCAGCAGUUCUCAGAGUACUCUGGGAUCUGCCACUGAGUCUGUAGGAGCCAAGUUGGCCCUGUGCACAAGUGUCUGGGUGCAUACUGUGGGUCAGAUUCUCUGUCGAGUAAAGGAGCACACAGGUGGGGGAAGCACACCGCCUCCCACACACACAGUCCACUUUUUAGACUAGUGCGGACCCUUGUGUGCUCCUGCAUAUAGGAAACCUUUGUCCUUUGAGUGAAGCCACCAUGCCUACCUCCAUUAUCAAAUCACUCGUUUUCUUGCAUUUACCUGUUGACCUGACUUGAUCCUUGGCUUUUUUUAGAUUUUUUUUUUUUCUUCUCAUGGUAGAAAUGAAGCUGUCGGACAGUUUGGGGCAAUCCUGCUGGAACUGAGGUGUCAGAGUAAAUUUUUAAAUUCCGUUUACCUGGUUUUGAAAAAUCAAUUUCCUGAAACUGGGCAUGGUAGGUACCUCAUGACUGUAAUUCUAGCACUUGGGAAGCUGAGGCAGGAAGAUUGCCACAAGUUAGAGACUAGCCGGGGCUUUGUACUGAAUUCCAGGUCACCAAAUCUCAAUACCCUCAUCUCCCAGCCAAAAAUGGCAUCGGUCCUUGUGUUUCUCUGGCAGCAGGGGAAGAGAAUCUUCAGAGGUCCAGCCCCUGGGAAUUCUGCCUGGGUACCAUUGUUUAAUCAGGAGCCCAAACCUAAGUUUGCCUGUUUUUUCCUCCAGCCCUUUCCAUCCCAUUUCUACUGCCUCUUUGUGGGUACAGGCCUGCCCUGGAAGUAAAGUGAGAAUGGAAAGAGCUGGUCCAUCGUCCUUGCAAAUCUCUUAAGUGGUCUGUUCCUUUCGGGCGUUAAAGUAGAGCAGACAGGUGCCUGGCUGGCUGCGCAUUCAGAAGUGUGUUUUUAUGUCUGGACGGCUCUGACUCAUGCCUAGUGUUUUUCAUGCCCUUCAUUCUUAUUGCCUUAAAAUAAGCCCUGACUCCAUGGGGGCGUCCACUGAGGAAAGAGUCGGCACCAGACCCGGGUGCACUCUCACUGCUGCCCUCAGACACUUCCUCCACCUGCCUGGGGAGGUGUGGAGAGCUGUGUACCACUCUAAAAUUAGUGCUGUAAAAAUUGCUAGAAGCUAGGCACGGUAGCAUACUACUGCAAUCAGGUGGUACAGGAGGAAGGAAUCCAAGGGCAGGCUAGACUACACGACACACUGUCCCAGAAAAGAAAAGAAGAAUUACUGAAAGUCCAUCCAGGACUAAAGCCUGAGUGCCAGGCUGUGCUUGCAGUCAAUUAGUUGUGAUAGCCUUUAAAUUUGAAAGUCAGGGUUUGGGUGCAGAACUCAGCAGAAGAAGAUAGACUUAGCACACACAGUAUCGUCAGCACACAGAAGCAAUACAGUGGAAUCUAGAAGUCCUGAUGGUAACAUAGGAAUGGCUACUCUUUGUGAUGCCAGGCACCUUUAACCCCAGAAUUUGUGAGGCAAAGGGCAGGUGGAUCUCAAGUUUGAGGCCAGCCUGUCCACAUUAGUUCCAGGCCAGCCAGUGAGUGAAACCCUGUCUUUAGGGAGGGAAAGGGGCUAUUUUUCACUACUUUUUCUUCUUAGCAUUCUCCACCUGUUUAAAUAACAGGCAGUGUGUUGGGUCCCGUAGCAGUGCUGUCUGGGGACUCUACCCCACCAGAAAGCUGCCUUUCACGUCGGUAAAGGCUAAAUAUUUUCUCUAGGAAUUUGCUUUCUCGCAGAUAUUAUUGUUUAAUUUCCUGUAUAAUCGUGGAUAUAAAAUUGUCUUUCUAUUAAAUAAGUGGUUUGACUAAUGCACAUGGAACUUUGCAGCCAAACCUCUCACACUUAUUGUCAGAUGAAGUCCUCCAAGGUACAUGCAGAAAGGAUGGGGAUGUUCAGAGAGCCCUUACUUGAUGUCACAGCUCCUCCCAGGUUGCAGCACAUACCUGUAGUCCAGCUGCUUAGGAGGCUGGGCAGAGGACAGCUUGAGCCCAGGAUCUCAUGGCCAGCCUAGGCAACACAGAAGGACCCGUCUCUUGAUGAGAAACUUCAAAUGCAAGGUCAACAUCGCCUCGGUAACAGCGCUGCAAACUGUUCUUCCUUUGAUUACUGGAUUGCUCCAUCUAAUCAGUCAUUUUAACUCAAGAGGUCCAAAUUAGAAUAAAAUCAUGGAUUCUUUAUCUUAUAUAGUUUAAUCAUUUGUGAAGUGUGGGCGUAGGGCCUCUUUUUAUUCUUGCUGGCGAUCUACUGAGUGGAGAGUCUGUCUACCAUCUUUGAAUAGAGAAUGAACGAGACCACAUGCAGACUCUUCUUUUCUUACAUAGUGAUUCGUCAAGGAAAUCUGACACAUGAUAACCCAACAGAUGAGUUCUGAAGGAGGUACUGGGAAGAAUCUGUAAUUUACAGAUCUUGUGGGAGGCCAUCCUGAGUGGAAAUCCAGAGAUGUUGUUUUACAGGGAAUUAUAAAUACCUAAAGACUGUGAAUCAGUAGCAAGUUCCCAGUGGCCAUACUGUAAUAAUAAGGAAGAGGAAACAUCGUCAACAAAGUACGGCGCUUUCCGUGUUUCAGUUUCUGCUGUGUGUUUGUCAUUUUGUAUAUUUCGUAGGAAACACCAGAGAUUUGGGACUUUUGACUCAGUAGACGGAGAUAAGCCAGAAUGCUCUUAGGCAUCGCCUCAUGCCCACCAUGUACUAAUGAACUUCUUGCGCUGGGCUGGGAGCAUAGCUCGAGAUGGAGCCAGGCACAAGCGAGGCCCUAGGUUCAGCCCUAUUAACUGACUAAUGAGCACUGCUAACACAGUUAACUUAUGUGUGAUGAAAAACGCUUCCCAAUUUCUUAGGCUUAGAACAGCCUUUUAGCACCCAAUUCAUGAUUAGAGUCAAAGCAAAUGAAAUGAGAUAAUGAAAUGAACCUCUGUGGCAUGGGAGGCAAAAGGUUUGUGAAUUCAAAUCAGUGCUAGCCCAGGCAGCUUAGCAAGAUCUGGGUUUCUUUAACUCUGGUCUGGGGAACAGUACAAGAUGCUUCUGUCAUGUGGUGGUGAGUGGCCCACCAGUGAAAGUGGACAGAAGUCGGUGCUGAAAGCAGAUUUCAGUUCACACAGACUGUUCUGUCCUGGCCCACUUGUGGAGUUGAAGACCUAUGUACUGUCACAUGCCCCAACGUGUGUGCGUGUGUGUGUGUGUGUGCGCGUGUGCAUGUGUGUGUGUGUGUGUGUGUGAGAGAGAGAGAGAGAGCGAGAGCGAGAGCGCUAACAGUGUUCUCACUAAUGCAUGGUAUGUCUCAGUUCCAUCUGGCAAUUGAGUUCUUCGAAAUGGUCAAGAAAAUGCUGCCUUAGCAGCCUGUUGUGUAUUUAUGUGUUGGAAUCUGUGCUUGUCAGUGUUUCCAGCUAGUCUUCACUGGCGCGGGAAGUAUUAGAGUGAUCUGAUAAGAAAUUCCAUAUUUUUAUUCUGUAAAUGAGAUUAAUCAAAACAUGUAUCAGAUUGUAUGAUAUACAUGCGUUGCUUCAAAUAGGAAACUUAAAGUGGGAAACCAGGGACCAGGAGUGGCAGUGCCCUCAGCAGCAGGAAGUGGGCAGCUCCCAGUGGAGUCCUCUUGGGGCCCUCAGAUGUAGAGAUGUUGCCCUCUUUGGUGGCUUUGCAUUCAAACUUCAGAAUAUAUCCGGUCGACUCCAAGAUGGCUGCUAGUCACAGCAUUUUCAUCAGCAUCAAAGUCACUUUGAUGAAAGGUGUUUUCAGGAGUCCAGUGGCAGGAGGCCGGAGCACCUUGACACUUUCCACGGCCACCUGGUUCCCUGCCCUCCAGUGCUUGCCUAAAACAAUAGACUCUGGGCAUAAGCAGAAUCGUGUCAUUUUGAGUUUUCAGUUUUUGAAUCAUAGCCUUUGUCAAUAUUUGUUUUAACCACCAGAACACUUGAAAACUUAGUAAAAACUUCAUUAAAGAAAAGGUUUCAAAAUGUUUAAAAAGUAGUGUCCAGUUGUAGGUGGUUUUUGCUCUGUCCCUGGAGAUCUCCGUGCUCCCUCUCCUGUUUCUGCUCUCCCUUAAUUGUUCCCUCCACACUCUCCUGUUCUGACAGACCCGUCAUUGGGCGCUCAGCAGUCAGACUCAUGGCUGUUCCUCUGCUACUACUGUAAAAUGUCUGGUUAGGACUCAGGCCAACCUUGACAAUCUAAUGGUGAAGUGGAAUAAAGGACAGAGGAACAGAGAAGGGUCUGCAGGACCCAGCCCUCCUCUGGAGAUGGAGAGGAGCCCUUCCCCCAUCCUACAUGACUCUAGAAUGAGUGCCUUAGAAUAGCAAAAAUAGCUAAGUGCUGAAGUGGGGCAAGAGGAUCGAUCUGCAUUCAAGGCCUGCCUGGGCCAUAACAAGACCUUGUCUCAACACCUGCACACGCACAAAGGCUAAAUAUUAACUGCAUGUGGCUCAGGCCAAAGUCUCUAAGUUGUAAGUUCAUAGGUUUUGUCGGGUGUGUUUAAGUAGCCUCUGGCUUCAGCAAGUGCACCAUAGUUCUCACUUGCUGGGAACAGUGAGCAUGGCCUGUGCUGCCUUGUGCAGAACCGUGCACAUCUGCAUCAAAGGGCGUAGAUUCCUUUUGUCAGGGAAUUUCAGAAUGGAUUUUUAAACAUCAGUCAAGGACAGGUCAGGGUUGGCUGAUCCCACAUGCUUCGACUAUGUGAGGACCUGGCCCAGUCUCCAGCACCUUCACCUCGAGACCUUCAGACAUGGUGAGCCUGCUGUGUUCUGCAAGUCUACCAAAGAUUCUUGUGAAGAGGUUCUCGGCAUCUGUGUGUGCAGACCUGCAUCCCUCCUGCUUCCUUCGUGGCGUUAACUCCAGCCCUUCCAGUUAAUCAUUUAAAGAGGGCUAAGAAGGGACCACCGGCAGCUGGCACAAGCAACUCGGUUCCCUUUGCCAAAACCUCCAAAGUUAGAAAUGGAGUUGUUUGCAUCUGUGGUGAGGGAACUGACUAGCCAUUGCUUCAGCCUCCUUCCCAAGUAAGCACCUUCUUGUGGGUGGCACUGGGAGGACAGUGGUGACCUGCACCACAGAGCCUGCAAGACGUCAUUUGAAUGGAACAUUUGAUAGUCAUUUUUAGGGAACAGAAACCAAAUAACAGAGGCCAAGGACCAUUCGUAUUUCAAGGAGGGAAGAUGAGCGCCCUCUGCUGGCAGUAUUUGGAGUUGAUUGAGUGAGGAGCUCUAAGCAGCCUGGAAGGAGUGCUCUGAGGUCAGCAGGCCUCAGGAAUUCCUAGCAUGCAAACAAUCUUGAGGGGAAACCAGAAGGUCAUUCCUAGCAGUUACUGUAAUACCUCUCAUUGCAGGCUGUUGGAUCUGUGUUCUCUCAGUGUGAUUUAGCUUAUGUAUCUGAUAGUUUUAUGGAUAGUCGUUUGGGCUGUAAACUCCUAUACUCUAUUAAAAUGAACCUAAUUAAGAGACUAA